CAGAAGGCCCUGGCAGAGGACUGGGCCCCUGGGACGGGGCGCACCGGGACAGCCCCUGCCAGCAAGGGGAAGCGGGGGCACUUUCGACCCUCUCCAAGGAGGAGCCCACACCAGCGCGUCUGCCCAAGGUGCCCUGGGCCUUGGGGGCACAUGAGGUCCAGGCCAGGCCAGAGGGCCCGUGAGGCCCCCAGGGGUCAGCACGGUGUCCCCAGGCAGCUCUGGCCUCUCAUCCUGCUGGGCCUGGCGGUGGGCGCCCACGGCCUGCUGCCCCUGACGGCAGUGCCUCGGAACACAGCCCCCAGCAUGGAAGCCCCGGCAGGAAAGAGCCCGUGGAGCCUGUGGGACAGGCUCCCGCUCCGGCCCGGCCCCCGGGCGACAGGCCCCAGGUGCUGGCCUGGCGUCUGGGCUGAGGCUCCCGUGCCGUGGUUCCUCUUUGGCGGCGGGACCAAGGUCAUUUUCCCAGGUAAGUGGCUCUCGCCCCUUCCCCAGCCUGUCCCACCCUCUGCUCUCUCGGGAAAGUCACUUCUGUCUGUCUCCCGAGGUCAGGGACUCCACCAGGGAUGCUGCCAAGAUGACCGUCCAUCUCUCUACCACCUGCAGGUCGGCCCAAGUCUGCACCCUCGGUCACUCUGUUCCCGCCCUCCAAGGACGAGCUCAGCACCAACAAGGCCACCCUGGUGUGUCUCAUCAGCGACUUCAACCCGGGCAACGUGA